AGCCGUCACGUCUCCAACAUUGACGCAAUGACACAAGUGCGAGAUGUCUUGCCGCAGCCCUGGAAAGGUGUCAACUUGGGCGGCUGGCUUCUACUUGAGCCUGGACCAUCAUUCCCUCUUUUUACGCAUCACUUGUUGAAGGACAAGAGCCAGGCUCGUUGCGAAUGGGACCUCAUGAAAGUACUUUACGAGAAGCUGGGGAAAGCUGGAGCGGCCGAGGUGAUCCGGUCACACCGUGAAACGCAUAUCACCAAGGCAGACUUUGAGCGAGUUCGCAGCUAUGGGCUGAAUGCUGUGCGGCUCCCCUUCGGCUACUGGAUCAUUUCGCAACCAAGGCCGAGAGAGCCCUACAUGGGACCUGCGUUGGAGUACGUCGACCGGGCCGUCGCAUGGGCAGAGGAGCUAGGGCUACAGAUUGUUCUGGAUCUCCAUGGCUGCCCGGGAGGCGAAAGCCCAGAGGCACCAUGUGGCCGGCGACAGCGGCCCGAGAGCCGCUGGGAUUGGCGGCACUGGGACUUUGCAGCAUCCCUGAAGAUCCUGCAGUUGCUGGCGAAGCGCUACUGCGAUCGCAGCUGUGUGACGGGAAUCGCUGUUUGCAAUGAGCCUUGUGGGGUGAUUCCUGCAAGCAACUUGAUCUCGUACUACUCCCGUGCAGUCGAUACCAUUCGUAAGGCUGGCAUGCAUGAGAGCCGCGUGGCGGUGGUGCUUCCGAUCUUCCAGCGCCCGGAAGGUGAAGAAGCCUUCAUUGCGAAGUGGGCCAAGACAACUCAAGGAAGGCACCGUAACGUUUGCUUUGAUGUUCAUUGCUACCACUGCUUUGAAAACCAGUUCCAUGGAAAAACUUUUGCUGAACAGCUCAGGGCUGUUGAGGAGAACAGCAAGAUGUUCCAGCGCUACCCGAUGGUGGCAGGAGAGUGGGCACUUGGCUUGGGCCGAGCCACCUGGUGUACCUGCGGCGACAUGGAUGAGGACACAGUGAUCAGCAUUUUUGGUGCCCAGCAGAUGGAAGCUUUCAGGAAUUCCUCCCAUGGCUCCUUCUUUUGGAAUUGGAAGGAGGAUCCCGAAGACAAGGAGUGGAAUUUCCAGUUGGCCUACGAGCAGGGCCUUUUGAACCGCCCAGCACUGGCCCUUCCACCUUGGGAUCACACCGGCGAGGAUCCCCUCGAGGAUAUUCUACAUCCGUCUCCAGAAGAUCCUGUAGUUUACUAUGGUGACACAGUCUACCUCCGAGUCUUUCACGGUAUGUACAUGGAUGUGCAGGGACGCCAGGUGGAUUGUUCGUGGGCCGACAAAGGGCAGUGGCAGGCCUUCAUAUUCCACGAAGCCUGGCCCUGCAAAGAUAAGCAGACCUCUUCGAGGCGUCCCGUGAAGCAUCGGGACAUUGUUCGGAUCCAGGGGCAUAACAAGCACUUUGUGGCAGUGACCAGUUCGGCUUCUGAGGGUGCUCCUGUUGUCGCAACCAGGAAGCAGAGUGGUAGAGAAACUGAAUUCGAGGUCUUUCUGGAGAGUUCCUCAAUACUGAAGCAUCGUGGGAAAGCGUACUUUUUCAGCCGGGCGACCUCCACCACCAUUGACGCAGAUGAUGAGGUCAGAAUCCAAGCCGGUGAAGCGUUGGACCGGAAAUCUACGACAAGACUGAUCACAGAGAACAUUAGCGCCAUUACAGUGGAAAGGCCACCCGAGCUGCAGCGUGCGGUGGCAUUGCCACAGCCAUUGCCACAGCCGCGUCCACGACGUCGGACGAAAGGUCCUCCUGGACCCAAAGACAGUCCGGUCGAGGACAAGGCGGCGGUGAAGAGAAAGGCCGACGUGUUGAGCGAAGGCGAACCAGGUGAAGUCGCUUGCGAAGUUGCUAGCGAAGUUGCUUCACCAUAGUUGGGGCCGAUUUCUGGGUUUCAACCAGCACGUGGCGUACAGCGCGUGGCCAUCCUUUUGACGUAACAUCUUCGGCUUUGGAAGAGCUCGAUG